AUGACUUGGACUACGCAAUGGGUCCUCAUCAGUCUCUACGUGAUGCGCAUUGCACCCAAGCUCGGCAUGACGCGGCGCGAUGUCUUUCUGCCUGGCAAGGGCACCUUCCAGGAGUGGGGGAAGUAUCUCAAAGUUGCGCUGCCCUGCGUGUUGCAGAUGAGCAGCGAGUGGUGGUUCUGGGAAAUCAAUGCCCUGUUGGUCGGUUUCCUGGGCACGGUACCCUUGGCGGCGCACGUCGCGGCGAAUCAGUUUAUCGGCCUCAGCUUCAUGCCAGCGAUGGGCAUUUCUUCGGCUGCAGCAGCUCUGAUUGGAAAGAUGCUUGGGGCCAACAGGCCCACGGAUGCUCGCCGCUACGUCAAAGUCUGCAUCUUCUGCAACCUUUUCGUCUGGCUUACGAUCGGUCUUGGAGUGUGGUUCGGUCGCCAUGCAGUGGCAUCUAUGUACGUCAGACCGGGAGAGGUGUCUGUGCUGAUGCAGAGCCUGCUGGUGAUCUUCGCCUUCGCAGGACUCCCCGACACUACGCAACAUAUCAUGUCGGGGGCCCUGCGCGGCAUGGGAAAGAUGGCGGCCGGCAGCGUGGUCUACCUUCUGAGCUACUAUGCCCUCAUGCUUCCGACGGGCUAUGCCCUUGCCUUUACCUUUGGGUAUGGCGUCCGGGGUGUGUG